UACAUGUAUGUAUCAGUAAUUUCCUCUGAUGCUAUAUCCGAUCAACAACUGGAGCUGCAGUGAUAGAACAGUGGAUCAGUGUUCAUGAAAACUUGAAAAGAUGCUGCAGAAAUAGAGUUUGAAGAGUGAAAGCAAUGGUAUCUCCAUGGCGAUUACGUGUAAUUCCCAACAGUCGACAGCUCUUAGUUCUGGCAUGCCUUCUCUUCCUAUUCUGGUGUAUGACACUUUAUCGGGUUUCCAAUAUUAAUCCUGCAAGGCAGAAGGAAAGUGAAGUACUUAAGAAUGAAAUCAUCAGUCUGAGUGAAAAAUAUGUCCGAGCACUCUCGCGGGAAAAUGCUGACAUUGUAGAUGGACCAUAUGCUGGAAGAUUUACUGCUUAUGAUCUCAAGAAAACAAUGGCUGUAUUAUUAGAAAACAUGCUUGAACGUCUUGGUCGGUUAGAGGUUCAAGUCCAUCAUGUGAUGAAUAUAUCCAACUCCUCCCUGGUCAAUCUUACCCGCCCCCUGAUGGCUGACCAGAGUGAGGACUCCCUCCAUGCAGAAGUGCCCAGGCCUCCAGCCUUACAAACAAAAACCAGAAUUCUCAAAAUAAGUCCUCUUGUGAGAGAGAGUGCCAUAAAACAUCAAAACAGCAGGGAACAACUUGACUUAAUUCUUGGAAGGACAGAGUCUUGUACCCUUUCUGAACAGGACAAACAAGUAUACACAAAAUGUGAAGGAAAAUUAGAGUGGAUGAGACAGAUGUGGCAGUCUGACCCAUGUUACGCCUCUUAUGGGGUAGAUGGAUCGGAAUGUUCAUUUCUUAUGUAUUUAAGUGAGGUUGAGGGAUGGUGUCCAAAGAGAACUUGGAAAAAGAGUGUGAAAAUACCUGUAGAAGAUGCUUCAAAAAUUCAAUAUGUUGAUAUAAAUGAUGAUAUUGAAGAUUUAAUGAAGAUUUUGGUGGAUCCAAAUGAAAGACAGGGUUAUGCUUGGAUACGAAUGAGGAUCCGCAAAAUGUGGCCCAAGUGGGUGUCCGCUGCCAAAAAACUCAAAUCAAAACAAAGCAUGAAGAAACGCCGGCGGAAAAAGAUUCUUGUUCAUUUGGGACUUCUAUCCAAGCAGUCUGGGUGGAGGUUUGCAGAAAAUCAAUUUAAAGGUGGUCCACUUGGAGAACUUGUCCAAUGGAGUGAUCUCAUAUGUACUUUGUAUGUGUUAGGACAUCAGCUGACCAUCACCAGUGAAACUUACCAGCUGGAAAAAAUUCUGAGCCAGCUGCCUGCGGCUAACUCUCCCUGUCAGAGUAGAAAGGAUCUGCCCGUCCAUAUCAUCUACACAGACAUUGUAGGUCUCAGGCAAUUCAAAAGAUAUGUUAAAGGAGGCUAUGGCAAAUUCAGCUGUUUAUUGAGGAUUGUGGACUCCUUUGGUACAGAGCCGGCAUAUAACUUACGAGCAUAUGCCAAGGCCCACAAAAUGCUAACCUCCUGGGGGGGACAGGACCUUUUACCUCAACAGUUCUUCACCAUGUUUCCUCACAGUCCAGAUAAUUCCUUUAUGGGGUUUGUUGUGGAGCAGCAUUUAAAUGAUUCAGAUGUGAAGGGAAUCAAACGAGAGAACAGGGCAUUAGUGUAUGGAAAAAAUGAUUACAUGUAUGAGGGCAAGGAAAAUUAUCUGAAUACAAUCAAAAAACAUUUGGAAGUUCAUGGUACAGUUUAUGUUGAUGAAAAGGCUAAAGACACCAAAUCUUUUGUACCCAGUUUUGUCAAAAACCACGGUCUGCAAAAGCCAGAGGAUUUUCAUAUAUUGCUGAGGAAAUCUAAGGUGUUUGUUGGCCUAGGCUUCCCAUAUGAAGGACCUGCUCCUUUAGAAGCCAUAGCUAAUGGUGCUAUUUAUAUCAAUCCCAAAUUUCCCACCCCACAUAGUAGUAAAAAUACACAGUUUUUUAAAGGCAAACCAACAGCUAGAGAGCUAACUAGUCAACACCCAUAUGCAGAAAUGUUUAUUGGUGAACCAUAUGUAUAUACAGUCGAAAUCAAUAAUCAAGAAGAAGUAGAGAAGGUGCUGGAUAAGAUUCUACUAGAAAGAGAAUUCAAACCUCACAUGCCAUAUGAGUUUACAGAGGAAGGAAUGCUCCAAAGGAUGAAUGCUUACAUAGAACAUCAGAACUGGUGUCAUUUCCAGAAACAAGAGGCAAAAUGGCCGCCAGAGUCAGCCAUAUCGUAUAUCAUGGGAUCAGAUGGCCAGUCUUGUAAAGAUGCUUGCUGGGGAAAAGGUUUAAUUUGUGAGCCUAGUCAUUUCCUUCAGAUUAACUCAGCUCGUUCUAUAAAGCAGGCUAAGGUGGAAUGCAGUCGAGAAGACUACAUGGCAGACAUUUUCGUGCCAGGUUAUGAUCCAAGCACCAUGGAGUGUGCUCUCCAGCGUGAAGAGUUGUUGUUUAGCUGUGUAGGCAAGAAAAAUAAUUUCCGUCGAUACUGUCCAUGUCGAAAUUACAUCAAGGGACAAACUGCUCUCUGUAAGGAGUGUGUUUGAGUUACAUGAUUGGUCAAAAUAUUCUUUUUAACUCGUCUGGUUGACUAGAAUAUUGUUUGAGUCAUGUGAUUGGCUUAAAUAUUGUGUUGUCUUUCCUUAAAUCCAAUGCAGCAUUUAAUUACAUGUACAUGUAGCAGCCACCUGCUAUGUAAGAGUGUUGUUCUUCCAUUUACUGUGCAAGUCUUUUUCAUCUGUUUUAUUCCAGCAUUUGGAAAAUAUUUCUAAAGAUGGAAUUUUCACUUAAAUCAUGGACAAAUUAUUUAUUUCAUCAUAAAACAUUAUAUAAAUAUUGCAUUUAGUUGAGUGUAACAUUGAAAAUUUUCACCCCAAGAAAACCAUUGUCAACUGAGGCGCAUAUCAACUACAUGCGAUAUUUAUUAUAUUAUACUGAAUGUUUUAUAAAAAUACAUAUAACAGUGAACAUUGCAUGCAUAAAUUCUGCGCAGUCACUAUUUUUUGGAAUAUCACCCGUCCUCAAGCAAUGUUGAUUGUUGCUACGCUGGAGGGCGUGGCUUCAUUAUUCAGUGGGUAACAGUGUUUUUUGACAAAUGUUUCUCGACAAAUCAGAUUCAACUGAUUUACAUGAAAGUAUAAUAUAUGUGAAUAAUGAUUUUUUUUUUUAUAAAUAUAUGUGUUUAUAGGUAAAGCUUGUAAGUUAAUUAUAAAUACUGUAAUGUCUGUUUUAAAUUUCAAAGAACAUUCUGCAUAACAGGUUCUGCAGAAUUUUUGAAUUUAUAGUCAAAAUUUGGGGAAAUAGGGUUGUGAAACAUUCACAUUCCUAUUAUCUUUGGUAUAUGUAUUGAAGAUCCAAUGAGAUUACAGGAAAUUUGCAAAAAUGCAGACAUUUGAACUAUACCUUUGAAAAAGCAAAUUAAUGCAAAAAUUACAAACUUUAAAGAAAACCUAUUAUACUUAAAUCAGUUUAAUGACUGAUAUUUUGAGUUUUGUAAUACUCCUAGCAUAAUGAAGCACAAGUUGAAUUAAAUUUUUAAAUGCAUAAUUUACAUGUUCUUAAAAAACUGCUUUCAAUGUCAGGUUGAUCUCGUGUCUAAGAAACGUUCAUGAUAGAAAUGAAAUUU